ACGUGUGUGUGUGAGUAGAAUUAGAGCUGUGUUCUUUAAAUAAAACCCAGUCAAAUACAGAAAAAAAAAAGAAAUCCCUCUUCUUGGGUCAUGACAUCAUUCCUCAACUUAAGCCUGUGCAGUCCUAUAAAAAAAAAAAAAUAGAAAAGACCGCAAAACUGUUUAAGUUCCCGGAUCCCAUUAGUUGCUCUCAGUCUUUGUUCUUUUGUUCAGCAGUGGAAGCAGGCCUCUGGAAUGCACCCCUCCCCCAUCGCUGGCCAAUGAGAGCACCAGGACACAGAGCGCAUGCUCCUUGCGGUGGAAGAUUGCUUUAAACAGAUCUUUAGCCUAGCAACAGCGGCGCCAUGACACUACUGGUAUGAUCACUGUGGGGCUGAUCUUCGAGGAUCUAAAAAAAAAAAACAAGGAGCGCUAAAUUGCUUGUACAAAAACUGUUGCACGUGCAUCAAGUCGGCGUUGCGGAUGAUCUACAAAUAUUGCUUGUGCAAACGACAAAAGCUGCAAAAGUCGCGCAGACCCCAGCGUUUAACGAAGGUUUUUUUUGCGUGCGCUACCGGCUGACAUGGAGAGUGUCGGAGAGGAGAGCGGCCGUAAAAGAAAAAGGAAGUUUGAAGCCAUUGAGUUGAAAGUCCUGGUGGAGGAAGCAAACACACACAUUGGUGAACUCAGGCAGAAACAGCUGUGCCUUAGUAGAAGAAACGCGAUUUGGGAUUCCAUCUGCGCAAAGGUGAACGCCGUGGGCAAAACCAAGAGAUCUGCCGAUGAAGUGAAAAGAAGAUGGCAGGAUUUCCGUAGAAGAACCAGGGAAGAACUUUCCCGCAAAAAAUCUUUGGCGCAGAAGCAACGUUCACAAAAAGGGAGCCCCGACUUUCCAGAAACGCUCUGUGAAGGGCAGGUUCUUGGAAUCGAGGGAUAUGACUUCCUCCAAUCAAACACAAUAAACCAAGAAUCUUUAUCAGAUGUCCAACAGGCUCCGCCGCACUCCUCUGAUCUGCUUACGUCAGUGAAGGUUCCAGAAGAGCCCCGAAGGAGUCCCGUCACUGAUGACAUUUAUCAGGAGCUGCUGUAUCAACAAAUACAUCAGACAGAUGCGCUAGAGACCAUUGCACAGGAGGUCAGAGCAGUAUCCAGUGUUGCACGCGCUGUCCGCGGGCAAACCCGGGCCAUCUUAGCGCACACCAGGCAGCUGGUCGGUGCUUUGUCUGGACUGACGAUGGCCAUCAAUGCUCUGGCAGCAGCCGGGAGGUCAUCCGGGGACAGCGGUCCUUCAACUGUGCCGCCAGAAAACGAAGAGGAAGGAGGAGAGGACGCAGGUGGACACCAGAGCGGCCUGCGAAAACGCAAAGCCCCAAAUAAGAACAGUGAUUUGUAGAAAAGACAAUGGAGACAGCGUGAUUCCCACAAUGAUAUGUCUCAUCUCGGUCAAGUUGUCAAAGUUUGUUUCAUGAUGUUUUUUUUUUUUAAAUUUUAUUUUGUUUUUCUGUUUCAAUGAAACGCAUACCUCAAAUGGCACAUGGUAAGAAGGAAAGCACUUUUUGCAGAGAGGAGAGGAGACGUGACACGGCUUCUAUUUAUGUCUGGCUCCUAGUCAUCCAGCAGCUCAAAAUUAGCAUUGCCUGAUAGACGAUAUGUCUCUACAACUUUGAUCCAAAAGUGUUGACACCUGUGUUUGGCUCUUACCUUGCAUAACCUCAUUUUUUUUUUUGCUUUUCUUCUUUUCUAUAAGCCACUGUUGUCAAAAAAAAAAACAUUUUAGGAUUAAACACGUUUUAAAACCAUAUGUUAAAAUAUGUGUCCAAAUUAACAAAAUUAAAACUUAUGUGUUGUUUACUAUUACAGGAUCAGUUACAACCAGAGUUCAGGGCAACUAAUCUGAACGUGACGAAACACCAUCAGCUAAACGUAUACUGAUCAGAAUUUAACAUUUGUGACCACCUGGUAGUGUUGCUCCCCCUCUUCCUGCCAAAAUAGCCCGGACCCUUUUAGGCUUGGACUCCUCUUAGGGGGUGCUGUGGGACCUGGACCCAAGACGAUUGCAGAUCCUUAUGGCUCUGUAAGUUGUAAAGCUGGGCCUCAGCGGAUCAGACAUCCAGCCGAUGCUCCAUUAGAUUGUAAUGUGGAGAGAACAAAUCAAAAACUCCAGUUUCCAACAGCCAUCGGGGAAGACCGUUUACAUAAAAUGGUGUGCAUUGUCUGCAGCAAUACACAGGUAGGUGUCUAGCUAACAUCCACAGGGAGCCAUGGUUUGCCACAAGAAUAUUGCUGCCAGCAUCACUCUCCUUCGGGCGGCCCGCCUUCUUCCUAAAGUGCAUUCUGUUGCCAUGCACUUGGCUGUCCAUGUGCUUUAAGAGAAAAAGUGAUGAAUCAGAUCAAGCCUCUUUCUUUUGGCCUGCGGUCCAGUUUCGAUGCUCAUGUGCCCAUUGAUUCGUGCAUUCAGUGGUGGACAGGUAUUUUUCGUGGUCUUCAGCCCUAUAAGCAACACGGUCUGUUCCUUUUUGUGAUCCUCUUCUAAAAAGCUCCCCAGUGGAGACCGGGAACUAAAAGAGCUACAGUUUUUGGAGGUGCCCCCUCAAAUCGACUCAAAUCCGAGUACUUGCUUGUUGUUGCGGCUUUGAGGAGACCAUUUUCACCUGCUGUCUCACAUAACAGAAUCACUAACAGGCAAUUAUUGUCAAUCACUUCACCUAUGAGUGGUUAUAAUGUUAUGCUGAAUCAGUGUACGUAUAGCGUUAUUGAAUGGAGCGUCGUGCCACGCAUUUUGAAUCUCACCGACAACUUUGGCUUACGCUAUGCUUCAAACAGAAACCACUCAAAAGGAAAAGUGAAAGUCUUCUGUUUAGCUUUGAAGCCAGAAGUCAGAUCUAUAAACCAGCUUUACCGUGCUUUAAUCCCAGGUUUGAAAACAAGUGGGCUUAAUAGUUAAAAUUCUCUGUGAUCAGGCUAACUGAUACAACGGGUAGCAGUGGUGGAUUAGUGGUUAAGGAGCUCAGCUGGGCAUUUGUAUGUUGGAGAUACUACAAAGGUUGUCGGUUUAAAACUCAAUCUGUCGCUCUGGGUUCUUUUAGCAAGGCGCUUGACCACGUAUUGCCACCCGUGCGUCAACCAGUGUGGCAGCACACUGCUCCUAGGGAUGGGUUAAACGUAGAGACAAAGUUCUCUUCUGUGGGACUACAGGGAAAUAUUUGUAUUUAUUUAAUGCAAGCUAGUACUGAUGAUGAUCACUCCAUUUUAUUUUUUUUUACUUUCAGACACCGUAGCUACAUGUAUAAUAGUGUGUGAGAAAUCUCCUGAAGGGCAAAUAAAGACAUUUCUUUAGCAGCUGUCGUUACAUUACACUGAGUUUUACAUGUAAGGCAGGCAAUUGUAAGGUUGGAGUUAACUUUUUCACCUAGAAACAUUAAAAACUGCAUCAGUCAACAGGGGGGCAAAAGUUAGGACAUUUCCAAUGAAACAGAAAGUGUCAAAUAUAAAUAAGCUUUUGGGAUGAUUUAGAUUUUAUAAGAAUGUAUGUUUCUCUCAUUGCUGUUUUUAUGAUCCACCAUAACAAACUAGAGGAGUCCAGGACAACAUGGUUGUACUUGGAAAUAUUUCUACUAUAUAUAUAUGAAACUAUUGCCUAAGGAAGAGAUUACUCAUGUAUUCUGAAAUCUGAAAAUCUGAAAUCUAAGCAAAUUAUGAGAAUAAAACUUUUCAGGAAACUACAA